AAAGUCAUAUUCUGGAGGAUGUGAACAAGUGCAUUAUUGCCCUGAGAGAGCAGAAUCCUGAUGAACUGGACCGUGCAGCUGGUGCUAUCCGUGGGAGAGCAGCGAGAGUGGCGGACAUUGUCUCUGGUGAGAUGGACAAUUAUGAGACAGGAGCCUACACUGAAGGAGUGAUGAGAAAUGUGCGCUAUCUCUCAAAUGCCGUGAUUCCAGAAUUCAUUGCUCAAGUCAACACUGCACUGGAAAACUUAAGCAGGAGUACGAUUCAUCUGUUUGAUGAUAACCAAUUUGUUGACAUCUCUAAGAAGAUUUACGACACAGUUCAUGACAUUAGAUGUUCCGUUAUGAUGAUUCGGACCCCAGAAGAGUUAGAAGAUGUAUCUGACCUUGAAGAAGAUCAUGACGCCCACAGUCGCACCAGUAUUCAGACAGAAGGAAAAACUGAUAGGGCAAAGAUGACUCAGUUGCCCGAGGCGGAAAAAGAGAAGAUAGCUGAACAAGUGGCUGAUUUUAAGAAAGUCAAGAGUGAGCUUGAUAAGGAGAUUGAAAUAUGGGAUGACACCAGCAAUGACAUCAUCGUUCUCGCUAAACGGAUGUGUGUGAUUAUGAUGGAGAUGACAGACUUCGCAAGGGGCAGAGGACCACUGAAGAAUACCUCAGAUGUGAUUAAUGCAGCUAAAAUGAUCUCAGAGUCAGGAUCUCAUAUGGAUGUGCUUGCAAGGCUCAUUUCUAAUCAGUGUCCAGAUUGGUCAUGUAAGCAAGACUUACUCGCUUACUUGGAACAGAUCAAGCUCUACUCCCAUCAACUCAAAAUCUGCAGCCAAGUCAAAGCUGAAAUCCAGAACUUAGGUGGGGAGCUCAUCAUGUCAGCAUUAGACAGUGUGACUUCGUUGAUUCAAGCUGCCAAAAACCUGAUGAAUGCUGUGGUGCAGACAGUGAAAAUGUCCUACAUUGCCUCCACAAAAAUUAUCCGAAUUCAAAGUUCUGCUGGCCCACGACAUCCUGUGGUGAUGUGGCGGAUGAAGGCUCCAGAAAAGAAACCUUUGAUUAAGAGAGAGAAGCCGGAGGAGAUCUAUGCAGCUGUCAGAAGAGGUUCAGCUAAGAAGAAGAUACACCCUAUUCAAAUCAUGAGUGAAUUUAGAGGAGGAGAAAGACCCUGAAAUUGUUAUUCUGUUCAUUGCACAGCUUGCCUAGAUGAGGAGGCUGCUGAGAUCAGACCCUUAUUUUCCCCACUACUUUAAUGCCAUGAAUGCACUAACAUUUCACAUUUGUGUGUUUAGCCUUGUAUUACACUAAGUCACUUCACUGGUAGGUGAUGAAGGAUCUGCGAGUGAGGAGCUUUCAGCACAUUAUUUAAAAGUUUAACUGUAUUUUUGCAUUGAUUUCCCUCACUGAUGUGUUUGGCAUUUCACCAUUUUGCAUAUGACAUAAAAAUAUUGACAUAUGUUGCACUAACCAUCGAUCAUAAUAUGCCAGGUUGAUUCAUGCAAAGUGUUGCUCAAAAUUUAAAGUUGCUCACAUGUAUUAUAUUCGCAGUAUUUGUUAGCGUAAGUCUGGUUGGGAGUCUGACAUUUUGUAGAAGGCAAUAACAGAUACUGGAAAGGAUCACUUCUAAGCACUAUGGAUGGUAUGUGUCUUCCUCAACCUCAGGUUCUCUACCAGAGAUCUGGGAGUUUAAGAGUUUGGCACAGUAUCCUAGUUAUCCUAGUAUCCUAGCCAUGCAUUCUUCGGGACAGAGGGCUCUGGCAUUGUUCCUGGGAUCUGUUUCAGCCAUUCUCACUGCUCAGGAGUCAUGGCCCUGAGUGCUAUUGAACCACUUUGGCCUUUACAUUCCACAUCCUCCACUUCUUGCUUCAGGCACUGCUACUUCUCCAGCUUCUCAAACUCCUUUCUGAUGUUGCUGUCACUUGGCACUGCUCCAUCUAUCACCACCACUGUCUCCUGGUCCUUUUCUACUAUUGCCUUCUUAUUCUCUAUGACAGUGGUUCUCAACCUGUGGUUCGGGACCCCAUUUGGGGUCGAAUGACCAUUUCAUGGGGGUUGCCAAACAACGCAGUCCGUCAUCUUUUCCCCCUUUUCCUUAGCUGUGCU